AUGGGCUCAUCAGCUUCUAAACAAAGUGGGAGAAAGCUAGCAAAAACAGUUACUGAAAAUGCCACUAAUUCCAUAAAGAGAAGUAAUGUCAACCCCUUGCAAAACGUGCAGCAGAAUCAACAACAACCUCACCAGCCAACACAAACUGAAAAUCUAAACCAUCAUCUUAAUACUCAAUCAAAUACAUCAAUACCGAUGAAUAAUGCUACAAGUACUCCAGAUGAAAGCUUGAAUCAAAAUGAGACUGCGUUCAGAGCCAAUACUUCUGCAUCAUUUGAUCCUAAAUUUUUGCAUAAGAAACUAAAAAAUCAGCAUCACAAUUUACAACUGCAGCAACAACAAAUACAACAACAACCAAGUCAGUCCGAUCCGGAAGGAAAAGACGGUGGUGAUCCUCAUGAAUUAGGAACUUCGACUUACGAUAAAACUUUCGUCAAUUCAAUAAAUCAAUUAGGUAAACAAAUCAAAACGAUAGAAUACAAUCCAACAAAUGAUCAAAAUGCAUUAGUGUUAAAACAACUACGAUCAAGAAGAAAAUUGUUUGAAUUAGGAGAGGAAGAAAAUAGAAAGCAAAUGGAACAAGAACCGAAUUCAGAAUCACUUCAAAAAACAAUGGUGAAUCCUCAGACCUUAACAUCAAUUUUAAAAGAUUUAAAAGAUCCAAGAGUUGAUAAUAACACUAUACUACAAGAUUAUCAAUUAGAACCUAACUUUUUGUCAGGGUUAGAAAUAUUCCAAGUCCCUACAAAUGUAGUUGAAUUUGAAGAAGACACCAAGGAAGAUGAAAUGGGUCAUAAACCAAAAUCUUCGAUUUCUAAGACGAGAAAAAUGGAUUAUGAAGUUGAAGAUGAGAAUGAAAAUGAGAUUGUUGAUAAUUCAACUUACAGAAAAUUAAAAAAGAGAAUCAGUAUAGAUGAUUAA